UAGUAUUUUGUCUAAACAACAAGCUGUCAGUGUUAAAACAAAUUGACGUGUCAGCUGCAAAGACAACUAAUAAAAUGGAUACGAUUCCGCAUGUCGAUAUUGAAAAGGAUGGUGUUUUUAAAUAUAUAUUAAUAAAAAUAUCUGAUUCACACGAUACUAAGGUUCUUGUGAGAGGUUACUUGAGAUCUGAAUGGCAUGCUGAUAUUUUUGAUGAAGUUCAAGAGAAGUUAUCGCCACUAGGUUAUCAAAUUAAAUGUUUAGGAGGGGGUAGGAUUCGGCAUGAUUCUAAAAAAAAGAAAAUUGAAGUGUAUGGAUAUUCGCAGGGUUUUGGAAAAGCUGACCAUGAGCAAAGCGUAGAAUUGCUUAAACAGAAAUAUCCUGAAUACGACAUUAGCUGGUCCGACGACGGUUACUGAAUAACUUCAUCUACUACAAUAUAUACCCAAUAAUUUAUGAACAUAUUCAGCUCGUUACUUAUGAUUAUGGUCUUUUAUAUAAAUUAUGUAUUGGCUUGUUGAGUAAAGAAAUAAGAAGCACUGUAUAUUUUUAUAAAUAUUCUUUUAAGUAGACUUGAUCUAAUAUAAGC